AAUCAAAGCUCGAUUCGAGCCGGAAGAACGAAGAACGCGGCUGACUUCAGGUGCGCGAGCACCACGCGGUUUCGCGGUGCGCUCGCGACCUGUCGGAUAAAAACGGCGGCGCGACAUCUCUGAUCGCGCGACGUACGUGGUACGUGCCCUCCGCACGCACGCACGGUCGCACGCACGUAGUACAUACGUACUCGCGGCUCGCGGCUCGCGCUCGCGGUAUUCACGGCACUCACGCAUUCACGCAACGCGACGCAACGCUACGCUACGCAUUCACGAACGCGCGCGCGCGCGCGCUACGACAACGGUGGGCGACAACGGGCGACGGACGGUGCGGACGGCGCGGUUACAACACCCGAGAUUGUGUUGGUGAUUAAUCAAAAAAAGGCCGUUCGCGAAAAUGGCCGAUGGACGCGAGCCACGGUUGUUUUCCACGCGGAGCCUGUACCAGUUGUGCGUGUCCGCGGUGGUCGACAGGUUUCGCACUUACAAACCGUGUCUCACCGAUCUGCCCAAGAGCGUGCGCUUCGAUCUCUACUAUCAGCUGUACAGAGAGAGGAGACUAUGCAUACUGGGGGCGGAAUUAAGCGAUCUGGAGACUUUCUCCAAGAUGCUCAAGGUCACCAAUCGGCGAUUACACCUCCUGAGAAUAUUUCAGGCACCGAUGGACCAUAAGAUAGGGAUAGCGGGACAUCUGGUCCACCAUUACGGCAGGGUAUGCUGCUCAAGUCCCUCUUCGCCAGACAAAUUGAUAAAUCUAGGUUUGAGACUCGGUGGAUUUCUCAGCGACGCCGGCUGGUAUUUGGAAAGUAAAAAGGUGCUGACAACCUGCAAGGAAUUGUGUGUGAAAUACAAUGACACCCCCAAGGAUUGGUGCAGAACAUUGGAUUGUUGUCACAAGCUGUUACAUGCACAAGCGGCAUACUGCGACUUUGAGAAAGCUGCAGAGACUCAUCAAAUUGCCAUGAAAAUGAUAGAAAAGUUAAAGAGCGAGCAGUACAAUAAUAGCAAUCAUGCUGCCCUUUUUGCAGAGUUCAGUGUACUAUUCUAUAUACGCAGUGAAUACGACGAAGCUUACAGAUGGAGCAUAGAAGCGUUAAAACAAUUGAAACCAUCGCUUCCCGCGGGAAUCAUCGUCGACGUUUUGAGACAAGCAGCGAAGUCAUGCGUGGUGAAGCGAGAAUUCCAAAAAGCCGGUUUGCUGAUUAAGGAGGCCGUAUAUCUCGCGAGAGAAGUAUUCGAUACGGAUCAUCCGAAGUAUAGCGACGUUCUCAUCGAUUACGGAUUUUUCUUACUAAACUUCGAUAGCAUCAGCAAUAGUGUAACUAUAUACAAGACUGCGUUAGAUAUUAGAAAAACGAUUUUUGGCAGGACUAAUCUUCAUGUUGCCUUAGCACACGAAGACUUAGCUUACGCUCUCUACGUACACGAAUACAGCUCUGGCAGAUUUGACGAUGCAAGUGAUCAUGCUGGAACAGCUAUAGAUAUCAUGGAGAAACAUUUACCCGCGAAUCAUUUGAUGCUCGCGAGUGCUAGGAGAAUAAAGGCACUUAUUCUCGAAGAGAUAGCUAUAGAUAACGCGUCCACACCGUUGUCUGAACAGAAUCUCUUACUCAAAUCCGAGUGUCUUCAUUUGUCUGCUUUAGAAAUGUCGAAAACUGCGUUUGGCGAAAGAAACGUACAAACGGCGAAACAUUACGGAAACUUGGGCCGCUUAUACCAGAGUAUGAGGAAGUUUCAGGAAGCGGAAGCGAUGCAUCUGAAAGCUAUUGGUAUUAAAGAAGAAUUAUUAGGACCCGAUGAUUAUGAAGUAGGUUUGAGUAUAGGGCAUUUAGCUUCAUUAUACAAUUUUCAUAUGAACCGGUACAGAGACGCCGAAAAGCUUUACCAUCGUAGUAUCUCGAUCAGCUUAAAGUUAUUCGGAAAGGGUUAUAGUGGUUUAGAAUACGAUUAUCGAGGACUUUUACACGUGUAUAAUAAGUUAGACGAUUAUGAAAAGAUAUUGGAGUACACGGAUAUAUUGAAUCAUUGGAAGGAGCUUAGAGAUAAACACGCUCAAUCUGAGGAACCACCGAUUGAUGUACAAAAACGUCCACAGCCAAUCGCAAACGUAAUGAAUGUGUUCUUUUCCAUGUGAUAUAUCAAUAAGUGUGUCUAAUUCAAAUUUUAUGUCAUUGUAUAUCAUCGAGCAACUUACUGGUCCGUUGCGUUUACAAGACAUUUUUGGGCCAAAGUAGGGAAAAGAAAAAAAGUUAUUAAGUCGCAGAAAUUAGAAAUUUGUAAAGCAUUGAUCUGAUCGUACGAGUAAUACAGGUGACUCUUGAAUAACACGGUACUUGGAACUGCACGGAGUCUCGAGUAGCACGGCAAAAAAUUGUGGCAACCCUUGAACAACACGGUACUUGAGUGAAGUUGGAAUAACACGGUCAUUCAAUUAAGGCUCCUAGUCGUAGCAGUAGAAAUAGGGUCAUUUCUCGCCUCAAUAGCAAGAACUUAAUAUGACCACGAUGACUACCCAGGGGGUCGAUUGUGUAUUUUAUAUUGGGGGUAUUACAUGAAUCACCAUUUAAGAAAUCAUUCGAAUAAUGCAGAAUUUAUAAGAGAUAUCAAACUCUCUUCAGCAAUCAAGGAGUAAUCACAUUGCACGAGUUUUUUUGUGCUUCCUGUAAGUAUUCGAAGAAGUCCAUAUUUCUCGUACCAAUAUUUAUUAAAAUGUAUUUGGGGAUAACGUACGUAGUUGUCGUGACAGAGAGGAGUAGUGUAUAGUUGAAACGAAUUGAAAAUUACAAAAGUGAACAGAUUUACUAGAAGUCGACAAAUAAAGUCGUAGAUACUCUAGUGAAUUUCCUCACUUUUGUAAUUUUCACCUCGUUUCAAGAUACGCAAUCGAGCCCCAGGAACCUAAAAAAAUGCACAUACUUAGAAGCGGGAGUAGAUCUUGAUAUAUAUAUAUUCUAGUAAAUUUGAAAGAGAUAUAUAUGUAAUCUCUUAAAAUUUGAACGAAAUAUAUAUAUACAUAUAAUCUCUUAAAAUCACAUGCCCAAUUUUAUAUGGAUCUGGAAUCUUGACUUGCACGGUUUUCAAUAACACGGAACUAAUUAAUCGUGUUAUUCGAGGGUUACCUAAUAAUUCUGUAUGUCUUAUGUUGAUAUUUUAUAACAUUAAUAAAUUAAGUAAUUGUCAGUGCGAUAUUAAUUCAAAUUUAUGCAGUGUUAAUUUAAUGAUAUUAAUUCAAAUUUAUUGAAAAUGUUAAUUUAAUUUAUAAAUUAUUUGAAGGGUACAGAGAAAAAAUGAUCUAUCCUGAGUAAUUUCGAGAAAGACGCAAUUUUAAGUUUUAAGACAUUAGAAUAUCUUAAAAAGCUAUUGAAAAAAGUACUAGCAGUAAAUACUAAGUAUCGAAAUGCAUAAUGUUUAUUUAGUAUUUACAUUGUAUGUUGGAUUCUGAUGGAUUCUUCCGCACAAACACGUGGAUUAUGAUCGUUUUUCCCCAGCACGAUAUAUUUGGCGUUUCUUUGAAAGUUCCAUGUUUCAAGAUAACAUGAUCAGAUCAAUUUCGACAAAACAUAGCUUUCCCCUUGUUUCGUUUUUCCCUUGUACCUUUCAUUUUUAUUAGUCACGAUACUGCAAUAUAAACAUUGAGGGCUUCUUUUUUUAGUUUGAGUUGCUGUGCUUGUGUUGAAUUAUAUUAGACUCGAUGUUUAUCUACGUUUUAUCUCGAUGUAUUGAGAAUUUUUGCGCAUAAAAAUAUAUCUUUUUUAAAUAUUUUGUA